AAUAUCACAACCCUAGCCCUGUAUCCAUGUUUUUUCCAUCGUGCCCCGGCUAAUGAUGAAGUCUUGUGUUGCUUGUUUCAGAAUCCAAGAUGGUGUUUCAAGUGAUGCCAUUCACUUCGGCCCUUCAUUCGGCGUUUUGGCCUUUGAUUUCGAACAAGAAACUCACGGAGUUGCGCUUAGACGAGAGUCCCUUGCCCGCUCUGGCCAAGUACGCUAAUAACAACAAAGAAGGCGUGCCCGCCACCCUCUGUUUGGAGUGGGAUGCCUUCGAUCCGAAGUUGCUGCUUCAAUCGGCAACGUUUCUGGCCAAAGGCUCCGUGGUCAACACUAACACCAUUGAAACAUUCAAAACUAUGGACAAGAAAGAGUUCUUGGCGCAAGAAGCUGAUACACUUUGGAAGCUUAUGCUCAACGGCGAGGCCAUUCAAGAACCGUCCCGAUUAUGCUCUUGGGUCCUCUUGAUGCAUGCGGAUUUAAAGAAGUACCUGUACUACUACUGGUUUGCCUUCCCUUCAUUUGAACUCCCGGGCACUUUGGAGCAAAAGGCCAAUCCUAAGGCUGUCGAAUCGGAGCUCAGACUGGAGCUCUGCGAACACUUGCUGAAGUCAUUUGAGGAUUGGAAGCGCCUUAACUCCGAGAUUUCUGGGUUCUUCUUUGUGCGAAUCGAAGAGAGCACUUCGGUGAAGAUUCUAUCGCUAGCCGAGGGAAUCAAGCCUGGCGUGAAGUUUGAUUACAUCGGAUUGGCCGAUCCAAGCUCCAUGGACGAACAUCCCGGUGUUCCAUUGAGAAAUCUCUUGACUUUGCUCAUGAUUCAGUGUCCAGAGAAGCUGUUAGGAGAUUUCAAAGUGCUCUGCUUACGCCAAAUUCGGCACGGAUCGAACCCUAUUGGCAAGAGUGUAGUUCUGAGCAUGUCUUACUCCGGAGAGAAACUUGCAAAUCAGCCUCGAAGUUUUGGUUGGGAAUCAGAUGAAUCUGGGCGAAUGCUGCCUCGCUGUGUGAACAUGAAAUCGUCCAUGGACCCUCAAUCAUUAGCUGAAUCCGCCCUUGACCUGAAUCUCAAGCUCAUGAAAUGGAGGCUUGUGCCGGACCUCGACUUGGAUCUGAUAAAAAACACCAAAUGUUUGCUCUUGGGAGCUGGAACCCUGGGAUGCAACGUUGCCCGAUGUCUUUUGGGUUGGGGUGUUAGGAGCAUAAGUUUUGUAGAUUGUGCCAAGGUCUCGUAUUCAAAUCCCGUUCGUCAAUCCCUUUUCACUUUUGAGGACUGUCUGGCAGGCUCGGAUAAGGCUAAAGCCGCAGCCCAUAUGAUGAAAAAGAUCUUUCCGGGAUGCAAAUCCGCCCACUACAAUCUUCGCGUCCCAAUGCCUGGUCAUGCUAUUUCAGAAGCUUUGGAAAAAGGAGUUCUCGACGACUUUAAUCUCUUGGAUAGAAUUGUUCAAGAGCAUGACGUUAUUUUCCUUCUCAUGGAUUCUCGAGAGUCUCGAUGGCUGCCAACUGUGAUGGGUGCAACGUACAAAAAGAUAGUGAUCAAUGCUGCCCUAGGAUUAGACUCCUUUGUGGUCAUGCGCCAUGGAACGCGAGAUUCGAGAUCGUUUCAAGAUCCUAAUGCCAAAGCCAAUGCAUUUCUGGGUGGGAAAGAUGUAACUUACGUACCCGGACACGAUUUGGGAUGCUACUUCUGCACGGAUAUCGUUGCCCCGGGCAAUUCCACCGCUGAUCGAACCUUAGACCAGCAAUGCACUGUUACUCGUCCUGGGGUCUCGUAUCAAGCGGCUGCUUUAGCCGUGGAACUCUUGAGCUCAUUGUUGCAACACCCGAAGAAAGCAGAAGCUCCUGCUGCGGUUUACUCAAAGUCAUAUCAAGGAGGAGAUUCGUUGGAGAGCACGGGAAUUUUGGGAGUGGUCCCACACACUAUUAGAGGCUCGCUUCAAAAUUUCCAGCAGUUCACGCCGACUUCAAUGCUCUUUCCAAAAUGUUCGGCUUGUAGUGAAAAGGUUAUCGAGGCUUUUAAGGACAAAAAAUUCGACUUCUUAAAGAGGGCUGCCGCGGAUAAGAAAUAUUUGGAGGAUUUGGUUGGACUCACCGAGAUGUUAAAUGUCGAAGGAUUAGAAGAGGAUGUUUUUACUUUGGAUGAUGACGAUCUAACGGAUUAAUUGUUAAAUGUAUCUUUCUAUUGCAUUUGUGAUUAAACUGUCAUUCAAAUCUAUAA